AACACAAGCGAUCAGAUGGACAGCUCAGAGACGAGUGAUAUAACACUGUGAUGGGUGUCGGUUUCCAUUAACGACAGGUGUAAUUGUCUUGUUAGCAACCUAGCAACGAGCUAGCUAACUAAGAGUGAGAUUAGACAGCUUUCUUUAGUCUUCAGCUUCUCUUAAACUGUACAUUUGUAAGAUAGUAUACUAUAGAUUCUCAUUCCCAGGUUAUAAAAUAUUAAAGAUCUGGCGUGUCGACUCGCUGUCGAUCACCUCCUGGUGUGACUGAAUCUGACAUUUUGGAAAAAAACAAAAACAAAAACAAAAAAAUAUGUCUGUUACUUUCCUCAGAAACACCUGCUGUCCGAAGCUCACACAGACUCCUCCAAAAUAAAACAUCAAUUUAAUAUCCGCGGGACGCUCGCAACCUUUUUACUCGCUGUGGAGUCAUCAAUACGCGUAUCGCUUCCUCCGCCGCGCCUAUCAAUAAAUCCAUGGACGUGAGGUUACUGAGGUGCAGAUGGCAGAAGAAGAAGGUUACACAGGACUCAACCGUGACAGAUGCCCGGGAAGUUAUUUCCACCUCUCCUUACAGAAGUCGCCUCUGUUUUUUUUUUUUUUUUUGCUUGCUCAGCUCAUUCUGACAAUUAAAUCUGCGAGCUGCUCCUUUAAUCUUCAGCUUGUUAUCAAGAGCAAGACCCCAUUUGUUUGCAGGUGCUCCGCUCUGAUUGGUUGCUGUCUGGAUCGAGGCAGCACACCUUAUAUCAGCAUCUUUAAUAUCAUUAGUACUUUAAAUUGAGAAAUGGCUGCAGGUAUGUUAGUGAUGCUGCCUCCACCUCCACCUCCAGCUGCUGCUUCCCUUUCACACCUUUUUUCCUUCUUUUUUUUUUUUUGCGCCCAUCACGUUUUCCUCUCAUUUCCAAUUGGCUGCUAACAUUCCUCGCAGUCUCCGUCUCCCUCCAUAAAUACGGAGCAUCUCCCUUCGUAUUAUCCGCAUCCAACAAGCUUACCCGGGAGCAAACUAAUCAAAGCCGCUUGACACAGUAACCACCCUGCCGAGAGAGGCGCGCACAGAGAACAGACCUUUACAGGAAGAAAAUCAAGAAGUCGAUGUGGACGAGGUGAAACACUCCAAAAAAAACCCGGAGACGCGAGAGGAUUUAAAAAGACAUUUUUUUUUUCCUCCCCUGACUUCUUCUUGUGAUCGGUGCUCUCCUUCGUCCGGCCGCCAGCAUGAUGUCCUAUCUGAAGCAGCCGCCGUACACGGUGAACGGACUGAGCUUAUCUACCUCAGGAGUGGACCUGCUGCACCCGUCAGUGGGGUACCAAGGGACUCCUCGCAAACAGAGGAGAGAGAGGACGACGUUCACUCGGGCCCAGCUCGACGUGCUGGAGAACCUGUUCGGCAAGACUCGGUACCCGGAUAUCUUCAUGAGAGAGGAGGUGGCCUUAAAGAUCAACCUGCCUGAAUCCAGAGUGCAGGUCUGGUUCAAAAACCGACGAGCCAAACACCGCCAGCAGGCCCAGCAGACCCAGAGCGGGGUGCAGAACAAGGCCGUCAGCAAGCCGAUGAAGAAGAAAGGCUCUCCGGUGAGAGAGGCCAGCUCAGAGAGCGGGGCCAGCGGCCAGUUCACGCCGCCUUCGAGCACCUCGCUCCCGGCUGUGAGCAGCAGCGGCGGCGGCGGCGGCGGCAGCGCGGCGCCGGUGUCCAUCUGGAGCCCGGCCUCCAUCUCCCCGCUGUCCGACCCGCUGUCCACCUCCUCCUCCUCCUGCAUGCAGCGCUCCUACCCGAUGACCUACAGCCAGGCGCCGGGCUACAACCAGGGCUACACGGGCUCCUCGUCCUACUUCAGCGGGAUGGACUGCGGCUCCUACCUUUCGCCUAUGCACCACCAGCUCUCCGCCGCGGGCUCCGCCAUGAGCCCCAUGGGCAGCAACGGGGUGUCCAGCCACCUGAGCCCCGCGUCUUCCCUCUCCUCGUCGGCGUACGGAGCGGCGGGUCUGGGCUUCAGCGGCGCCGCGGACUGCCUGGACUAUAAGGACCAGACAGCCUCCUCAUGGAAGCUCAACUUCAACGCGGACUGUUUGGAUUACAAAGACCAGGCAGCGUGGAAGUUUCAAGUGUUGUGAGAGGGAGAGAGGGGGCGAGAAAUUAAAGGGACAAUCCCGACAAACUGCAAGACUUUAACAGGUGAAUUUAAAAAAAGAAAAAAAAAGAAAACCAGGGUUUGGGGAGCAGCAAGUGAGGCUUUGUCUUUUUUUCUUUUCUUUUCUUUUUUUUUCUUAUUUCCAACGAGGCCCCCCUCAAACUUCUACCUCGUCCAGAGCAGGACUGCCAGCUGGUUGUCUCACUUGUUGUUGGGGGUUAAUUUAUUGAACAAUUCAGACUUCUGACUUCUCCAGCAACUUUGAUCAAGGACACGGAACAAAUGUGUUGACCAAAAAGGAGAAAAGAAUGAAAGAAAGAAAAAAAAGGAUCAAAAGAAAGAGAGAAAAAGAUCCAAAGCCUAACUUGGUUGAGUUUGAGGAAUAGGUCAGGUUUUUCUUCUAAGCUCCUUAAAGACUCCCCUCUCUUGUCUUUUUUUUUUUUUUUAUACUCUUAUGUUGGCACGCUGAAGGGCCCCUUUGAUCAAAGCGUUGUGCAUGAGUGUGUGUAUGUGUGUGUGUGUGUGUGUGUGAGCAGCUCUGACAUGAACCUGGAUGCACUAUUAAUUUAUGAGAAAAAUGUUUAAAGACUAGUUUAUAAAGAGACAAUCAGUCCGUUUUUGUGCUCAUAAAUGUCCCCUCGUGUGUUUUUGAAUUAUUUCCCACAUGUGUUAGAUUUCUUUUGUUUUGUUUUUUAAAUUGUGAUUCUUUGUACUACCUGUACACACACACACACACACACACACACACACACACACACACACACACACACACACACACACACCUGCCCAGCUGUGACUUUGAUAGAUUUUUUUUUAUUACCAUGUCUCGAGUGUUAAAUGGUUAAAUUAUUAUUAAAAGACAUAUUAGUUGAAAUGGAAUUAGGGAGGGUUGCAGGGUUAAAAACGAGGUCCAUUUUUUUUUUCUUUUCCUGAGCUGUAAACUGCGGUGCAAAGGCCACAGACACACUAAAUAACAAUAAAGAACCACUUGACCUGACUCAAACACCGUGGCUGCAUGUGUAAAUCCGUCUAAAUCCUCUGUGUUCAUUCCACUGUGCAUCACCUGUUUCUGCACACAAACACACCACGACAUCUCCGCACCAGCCUCUCAUCUUAUUUUCACGUUUCACCGUUUCUCGUUAGGGCUGGAAUCGAACAGUAAA